CUCCGGGCCGCCUCUGCCUGUGCGCCCCGGUUCCUUUCAUAGGCUUCCAGUCCCUCCUCCCCGCCCUCCUUCCCCCGUGAUGGCGGAGGACAGCGAGUCUGCAGCCAGCCAGCAGAGCCUGGAGCUGGAUGACCAGGACACCUGCGGCAUCGACGGCGACAAUGAGGAGGAGACCGAGCACGCCAAGGGAAGUCCUGGAGGGGAUUUGGGAGCUAAAAAGAAGAAAAAGAAACAGAAGAGAAAAAAGGAGAAACCGAACUCCGGUGGCACCAAAUCAGAUUCUGCAUCUGACUCCCAGGAGAUUAAAAUUCAACAGCCUUCAAAAAAUCCAGCCAUUCCAAUGCAGAAGCUGCAAGACAUUCAGAGAGCUAUGGAGCUGCUCUCUGCAUGCCAGGGACCAGCAAAGAACAUUGAUGAAGCAACCAAACGUAAAUACCAGUUUUGGGAUACGCAACCUGUACCCAAACUUAAUGAAGUUAUAACUUCUCAUGGUGCAAUUGAACCAGAUAAGGACAAUGUCCGCCUAGAGCCAUACUCUUUGCCACAGGGUUUUAUGUGGGACACUUUGGACCUGAGCAAUGCUGAAGUUCUAAAGGAACUGUACACAUUAUUAAAUGAGAAUUACGUAGAAGAUGAUGAUAACAUGUUUAGGUUUGACUACUCACCUGAGUUUCUUAUGUGGGCACUACGUCCUCCAGGCUGGCUACCCCAGUGGCAUUGUGGAGUUAGAGUAUCGUCAAACAAAAAAUUGGUAGGGUUCAUAAGUGCCAUCCCUGCACACAUUCGGAUUUAUGACAGUGUGAAGAAAAUGGUAGAAAUCAAUUUUCUUUGUGUCCACAAGAAAUUGAGAUCUAAACGAGUAGCACCUGUACUGAUUCGGGAAAUAACCAGAAGAGUAAACCUGGAAGGGAUUUUUCAGGCAGUUUACACUGCAGGAGUAGUACUCCCCAAGCCUGUGGCCACAUGCAGGUACUGGCAUCGAUCACUGAACCCCAGAAAAUUGGUAGAGGUGAAAUUUUCACAUUUGAGUAGAAAUAUGACUUUACAAAGAACAAUGAAGCUCUACAGACUUCCCGAUGCCACAAAGACUUCAGGUUUGAGACCAAUGGAACAAAAAGACAUUAAAGCAGUGCAAGAACUGAUCAACAGUUACUUGAAGCAAUUUAAUCUUGCUCCUGUAAUGGAUGAAGAAGAGGUAGCCCACUGGUUCCUGCCUCAGGAUCAUAUUAUUGACACUUUUGUAGUUGAGAGCUCAAAUGGUAUUUUAACCGAUUUCCUGAGUUUUUACACGUUACCUUCAACAGUUAUGCACCACUCUGUUCAUAAAAGCCUCAAAGCUGCCUAUUCCUUCUACAAUAUUCAUACAGAGACUCCUCUCUUGGAUCUAAUGAAUGAUGCACUCAUUAUAGCUAAAUUGAAAGGAUUUGAUGUGUUCAAUGCACUAGACUUGAUGGAAAACAAAACAUUCCUGGAAAAACUCAAGUUUGGGAUAGGAGAUGGGAACUUGCAGUAUUAUUUGUACAACUGGCGGUGUCCUGGCAUGGAAUCAGAAAAGGUUGGCCUUGUAUUACAAUGAGGACCCUUGUGUUUCUAGAACUCUGAAGUUGUCAUUUGGAUUGAUUUAAUCUACAUAACAGUUUUUGGAACAGUAUUGUUCAAGAGGAAUAAAAGCACAACGUCAGUGAAAUUGAAAUAAUCCAUCAAAUGUAAAAUAAUGAAGAAAUCCAUAUCUGACUGAUUUUACACAUUUUCAGAUAGAAUGGAAAGUUCAUGAAACUUUUAUUGUCCAUAAAAAAUAAAAGCACAUUCAUUUAAUUUUCAAAGCUUAGCUCGCACCUUGAUAAAAAGAAGGUAUUUUUUUCCACUCUGUAGAAAAGACUGUUUUGUACAAACUGAACUGCAGUGGUGGAUUAGGGUACAAAAAUCUUUGCUAUUAUGUGAAUGAACUGCUGCAUUUCUAUUUAUUAAGUGGUGGUGUAUGUUUGUUAGUGUAACAGAAUGAAGGAUCCAAACUGAGUAUCUUUGCUUAUAAAAUUCACAUGGAUGUCAUCAUUUGGGGUAAAAUAAUGGAGUUAUGAAAUAUUUGUAGCUAAUAUGAAAGUCUUGGAUGUUUUUUGUAACUGGAGCAGUAUGAAAAUGUGCUGGUUUGACUAGUGCAUUUGUUUCUCCAUAAGCAACGCUGCCAAAUCAAUAAAAAUACAGAUUUGUACUUUGA